AUGACUUCUGAUUCUUCCAAUUUUUGGACAUUUAUUGCUCAUGCAUUUAAUUGGAUUGUUACUUUAAUUCUUCCACAAAAAAUUGAUGGAUCUUGUAAAAAUCAUUCAAUAAAUUUUAAUGACACGCCUUCAGCUGGAGAAUUUAUUUCAAAUUUGGAAGGGUUCCAAAUUGUUUUUCUUUCUGUUGGAAGUGGCUUAAUUUUGGCUAUUUUAUUUUUGGCAAGUAUACAUUGGUGGUAUAUUUUCAAUUAUGUGUCGUCAGAGCAAAGAAGAAAUAAACUUUAUUUACUAAUUUCGCUAUUUCCGGUUAUUUUCAAUAAUAUUUUUUUGGGGGAAAUAUUCGGCAAUCUUAAGGAAUUUUGA